CACCAUGGCUGCUACCAAGUGGUUACUGCUCCUCUUCUCAGUAGCCCUGUUGGGCCUGAGCUCUGCUCAAUUCACUGAUGAGGAGGAUGAACAAAAUUCAGAAGAUCCAGUAGAUGUAGAACCAUUAGACUCCCAGCAGGAUGAUCAGAACCCUGGCCAGCAACAAGGUGGUAACCAGAAACCUGGACCUCCAGGUGGCCACCAAGGAGAUCCUCCAGGUGGACAGCAAGGAGUUCAGCAGGGUGGACAGCAAGGAGGCCAUCGAGGUGGUCAGCAAGGAGGCCAUCCGGGUGGCCACCAAAGAGGUCAUCCAGGUGGUCAGCAUGGAGGCCGUCCAGGUGGCCCACAAGGAGGUCAGCAAUAUGGCCAACAAGAAGGCCAUCCAGGUGGACCACAAGGAGGUCAGCAAGGUGGCCAGCAAGGAGGCCAUCCAGGUAGCCCACAAGGAGGCCAUCCAGUGAAUAAAAAGGAAGAUGUCCAUUCAGGAGGCUCCCUUGAAGUCCUCAUGUGGACCAGGAUAUUGGGAUAGUACAUACCUCUUGAUCUGCUCCAUCAUUUCUUUAUAAUACCAAUAAA